CAUCAGUGUGAUUGUAAACCAAGUCCUGAGCUCAGCUCCUCCUCCUAAACUGAUGUCAUUGUAUCAGUGAACAGAAGGAAGAACAGCAGCCAACCGCCAGGUCCACUUCCUCCAAAACACAGGGCAGUCACCCAGCACCCAUACUCACACACAGAGCACCCCUCUGCCUGCCAGCCAUGGACCUGGACACCAUCCUGGGCAAGCUGGAGACAGGGGAACAGGAACUGGUUCAGAAGACACUGACACAAUAUAACAAGGAGGUAAGGCAUGGAUGCUUUGAUCUGGCCUCUGGGUGCAUGCAUGGUGGGAAAAUGCUGCUUAAUGUGUGGGUAAUGGAUCAUCUCUCUGCUAAUCUCCCUCAAUCCAAGGAGGUGGGACCUUGGGAGGAAAGGGGAAAUCUCGGGAUGGAAUCCUGAGCUCUGAUAAUGAUACAGUAACACUCUGUGUGUAUUGAUGGAUUCGAUUGCAAAGCAUCAUGGGAGUUGUAGUCCUACAACAACUGGAGUUCUGGCUUUUUGUCAACCCUGGUGCAGAAUUUUACUUUCCAUAUCGGCUUCAGUUUCUAUAGGCCUGUGGGCUAGUCACCCACAGCAUUUGCAUCUGUCAGCUUGGAGAUAGCCUGCUGUCAGUGAUUGAGAGGAAAUUAAUUUAUCAAAUGCUAAUUCUAUGUGAUUUUAGGUUCUGUUGUAUUUUUGUUUCAUUGUGUGGAAGGGUUGCAAUUUACAUACAUUUAGGUUAAAAGCGGAUUAUUAUAACAGGCUUGCAAUCUUCACGGCUUUUAUUUAGUAAACUGAAAAUUGUGGAUUAUUGAACGUGGAAUGGCAAAUUUUUGUCAAAACAUCCUCCAAACUCGGCUAUUUUUCCAUUUCGUCUGUUUUGGCCUUAAAGGACCACUCUAGGCACCCAGACCACUUCAUCGUAAUAAAGUGGUCUGGGUGCCUGGUCCAGCUAGGAUUAACCCUUUCUUCUAUAAACAUAGCAGUUUCAGAGAAACUGCUAUGUUUAUAAAUGGGUUAAUCCAGCCUCUAAAGCCUCUAGCGGCUGUCUCAUUGACAGUCGCUAGAGGAGUUUGCGUGCUUCUCACUGUGAAAAUCACAGUGAGAAGACACCAGCGUCCAUAGGAAAGCAUUAUGAAUGCUUUCCUAUGAGACUUGCUGAAUGCACGCGCGCGCAGCUCCUACCACGCAUGCGCAUUCAGCCGGAGAGGAGGCGAGGAGGAGGAGAGCUCCCCGCCCGGCGCUGGAAAAAAGGUAAGUUUUAACCCUUUCCUCUCCAUCCAGCCCGGCGAGUGUUUUCCUGGCACUAUAGUGGUCCUUUAAAUUCUGCAAUGACAAUUUUAAUGUUAAUCUAUAUUUCCUUGUUUUAGUGAAUAAACCACUUGGGCUGCUAUUUGUAAACAAAACUCCUGUGGAGAGCAGCUUUGUUUAUCUGCAGCCAGAUUAGAUGGCUGUCUGAGGGUGAUGGGGCUGAAAUUCGCUGCGUGUGACUAAAGUUCCCUAUUGCUACUCACGCCUUGUGAUAUACAAUUAUUAUUUUUAUUCCGCUGUGCUUUACAAUUAUAGAAUGGGGAUAUUUGAUAAGUAACUGGAAUGAAAAUAUAACGAGAGACGAGGUGAAGCAGGCCUUGUUUAAACUAGCUUACAAUGUACGAGAAAUACAUUACUGUAUAUAUGUUUUUUUUUUUUUCAGGGUUAUUUUUAGCAGAAGUGGGACAUCAUAAUUCUCCCAUGUUGCCCCCCUUUUCAGUUUUUUCUUCUACCAGGAAACUGCGUUAUAAUUGGAUUCAUUCUGCAACUAGUUCAACUGCAGAACUGACACUUUUUAAUAAGGCCUGCUUGUUUGAUUAAUGGCUUUGAGUUUUGUACUAGGUGAGUGUUUGCAAAAUUCUGAAAGGGUUGCUCAAACCAUCAUUACUACUGCAGAACGCUGUAGCGAUUAUGAUGUGAGGAAUACUCUUAUGCUGUUCUCCGAUAAUGGGGCAAACUGCUUUUACAAUGGUUUGCUCUCUUAAUUUAUGUUGUCCCGCCAGUCCUGGAAGGUCCCAUAAUUGGUGCUGAUGCCGACCCUGACGCUCUAAUUUACUCUGAGGGUGUCAUAGAAAUAUGCACAGAAUUAACAAUAUCCAUCUCGGAACUCUUGUUCCAGGUUGACGAAUAACAUUGCUGGGGGUGAAAUCACAACACCGUGAGCAAAGGGGUUAAAUCCAGUAUGUAGAGCUUUUCAUAGCGAAACGCUGCAUAUAUAAACUCUAGGCACCAUGACCACUACAAAUCACUAAACUGAUCGUGGUGCUUGGAUUAACCCUUUACGGUAAGUGAUGAACUUAGAACUACAUAUAUUUGUAAACUACGUUUCUCGCACUGGUGUGGCCAACAAAUUUUGGGGUGCAAAUGUUCACUAUUGCAGUUCUAAAUUCAUUAUGAGGUUUGUUCAUUAAACAGUGAAUCAAAAAACAUAUUGCUAGAACAAAUCUAAAACAGCCACGGUAGUAGCUAAAUCAGAGAAAGCUUAAUUUUUUUAUUUUGUCCUAAAUUUAUUUUUGGUUUUCCGUUUACCAAAAUACAUUGUCAAUGAGUUCCUUUCUAUACAGAAACACUCCAAUAUCAAAUCCCAGAUUAUUUUAAACCUUUUUUUUUUUCCCCAGCAAUUUUAUAGAAUAAACCAUUUUUUUCCUGAAACCAUGUAAGAAAUAAAUAUGCUCCUGAAUUGGUAUUAUGGACUGAUUUUUAUAUAUUUAUUAUUUUACUUUAUUUUUUAUUUUAAUCUAUGAAAUGGUUCAUUUGUACCAUUUACAUAUAUACUAGACAUACACAGUACAUUUAUACAGUAGCGUAGCUAGCGGUAUUGUCGCUGGGGCGCUCCCUAAGUUUGCCACUCCUCUCAGCCUGGCCUCAUCACUAAGGUCACCCCAGCCCUGGGGAAUACAGGGAGCAGGGAUAUGACGUGACUCAUAUCACCAUCCUCUUCACACAGCCUGAGGCAUAUGUAUUUGUAUUGAGUUGGAAUGCAGGGGUGUAUUUGUGUGCUGUGUUAGCGUUGGAAUGCUGGGAUAUAUACUUUGCCACACACAGAUACAUACAUAUGCACACACUCAGAAUAACACUGAUACACAGUUACACACACACACACACUUAUGUACACACUGAUAUACACACAGACCCGGGUACACAUACACCCAUUUAUAAAAAUAACAAUUUACAUAUUUUAGCCACCCUUCUGUUUCCUUACUUUUUGGGUACAGAAGCAUGGCUUCCCUGGGGUACAGUGGGAGUUGGCUUUCCUAGGCUGAUGGAAAUCUGAGACACAGGUGUCCCUCUGUCCUCCUCCUCCGUAUUGGUUAAUCCGUCUCCUCUCCACGCUGCGCCCUGUUUACUGGGAGGAAGUGAUCUGAACCCACUUCUUCUCAGCUGGUCGUGGUGGAACAGUGGCUCAGUCCGGUGCAGUAUUAAAGGGCUGAUUACCUUAAAGCAACAUCGCCAUCCAGUGGCUGCACGGCCUGGCCCGCCCCCAUGUGCUGCAGCCCACUGUGAAAUUUCCCGGCCAAGUCAAGUGAGAUUGUGCAUGCCACUCCCAAAAAGGCGCCGCCCGGGGCGGUUCGCCCCCUCCACACUACACCACUGCAUUUCUAGAUAUUUUGUUACACUUAAAGAUAGAUUUCUCUUUCUUUGACUGCAUGUAGCAUGAAGUUAAACAGUUACUUCUCUGGUAAUUACAUUAUUGAACAAAAUAUUGAAAUGCGUCAUAUGAUGUUUUGUUUUCUUUGAAAUGUAUGUCUAAAAAUGUUGCACAUGACAUCUAAUGCCUGUUCAGUCCAAACACAGCCAAUGCACACAUUGCAAAUGAAGAGUCAAAAUAGAAGCAUUAUUUAAUUUCUCCUCUGCUCUGUAUUUUGUCUGUAUGCUGUCAGGUGAACAGAGUGUGUAACAAAGACUGUUGAGUCAAGAUGAAGGUAUUUAAUUGAAGAAUGAAGGGUUAUGAAUUUUUACUUUGCAUGUCUCACAAACCCAAACUUGUUAAAGGGAUACUGUAGUCACUAAAACAACUUUAUCUUGAUGAAUUAGUUUUGGUGUAUAGACCAUGGCCCUGCAGUCUCACUGCUCAAUUCUCUGCAAUUCAAAAGUGAUAUCACUUUGUUUAAAUAGCCCUAGUCACACCUCUCUACAUGUUACUUACACAGACUUCCUGUAAGGAGAGAUUUCAUGUUUACACUUCCUUCAUUGCACAGUUUGUUUCAUUUAGAAAUUCUUAUCUCCUGCACAAUUAAUAGCCUGCUAGGCCUUGCAGGAGCUUCCUGUGUGAGGUUAAAAGUCAAUUUACAGAGCAGGAGAUACAAAAAUCUAAAGUAAGUUUGCAUCUGACUGAAAAUGAAACUAGUUUUUUUUCUUUUUUAUGCCGACUGUGUCAGUCACAGCCAGGGGAGGUGUGGCUAGUGCUGCAUGGACAGAAACAAAAGUAAUUUAACUCCGAAAUGGCUAUUAAUAUCAAUAAGCUAAAUGUGUUUUUAGUGACUAUAUAGUGUCCCUUUAAACAUACAGGCUUGUUCACUAAAGUGAGAACUGUCAGGAAUUUAAAGUGUAAAUUGUGGAAACAUUCUCCAAAUCAGCUCCCAGGUCUGUUACUUAGGCUUCUAAUUUGAAACACGCUUCCCACUUCAGUGAAUAAUCGAGCGAGGAGAAUAGCAAACCCAAUUGGAAGUUUCAAUGCCCCUUUAAAGAACUUUGUACCGGAGAGCUGGUAUUACACAGCCUAUCUCCACUUUGGAUCCCAGGGAGGUUCAGGAACAAGCAAUUAUAAAUCCAUAGGGUAAAGUAUCCAGCAGGCAAAAUACCACAGCAGUAUCCCAACAGCAAUCCCAAUAACUGGACGACACACAGUUUCAGGAGCAGAACUAAAGCUUUAUUCAGACAGUGGCCCUUUAAAGCCUGCUCCCAUGCAAGGGAGGGAUUUUCCUUCAUUAGUACAGUAGCCAAUCCUGCUCUGGUAACCUCCCACACAUCCCCUCCCCUCAGCCUGCAUCAUAAUCCCCUUAUCCAGCACACCAAUUCCCCCCCCCGUUUCUGGAUGUACCCCUAAACUUAGGGGUACCACUUUAAAUUAUACAUCCCCUGGUAGCUCUGAUCUGGGUGAACAACAUAUCCAAAAAUCACCCAGAUCAGACCAGGGGUUCGGGAAAUUCAUGGAGGGAAUAAAAUGACCGACCGCACUGGAUAUAACAGCCGAAUGAGGUUCCAUGCGAAUGGGCCCUGCGGUCGGUCCUGGAGUCAGGGAUUAAACGGCACGAAAGCCUCUAGCUACAGAGACUAGGGAGGGUUCGCCUGAAUCCCCUCGUUCGGUUCUUUCUAUUUACCGAACGAGGGGCCGUUCGGUAGUUUGGAACCGAACGGACCGGGCUUGUGGAGGUUUCAGCGGUGUUCGCCUAGUCGAGUGUCCGAUUUGAGUUCCAGACACUCGACGGCAAAACACCGCUGUUCGGGAGUUUUAAAAUGGCCGCCGCCACGUGUUCGUUUUUCGAAUGGCGGCCACCCCCGAGAACAAAGGACGGCUACUUAGCUUGUCAAUUACCCGUUUGCAACAAUGUUGCAACGGGUAAUUGAAGGCACACUUCACACAGGGGAGGUCUGACUGUUCGGUAGUUUCAUUCGAACAAACUAAGGGAAUGAAACUACCUAACAUUCAGACGAAUACAAUAUAUUUAACACAUAGAACUUAGUUACUUCACACGAAUGCAUUCAAAUACAUGUAAUUUCUUAGGACAGCCCAGUGCCAUCCGCUACAAACUUAAUAUUGAUUUAAUAUUCCAUGUUUGGGGCUCUCUCUAAUUCUUUUUUAGUGAGAUAUGGAACGUAGGAGGCAGCACGAGUGGGAAACAAAAAUAAGAAUUUAAAUAUUAUUUAAUAUUUUAAACAAUGCAAUAAGAAGGUAUUGUGUCACUGCCAACAAGCUAUAGAAGCCAAGAUCCAUUAUUUAUUCAUGAUCGCUAACCUAUUCAGCCACACUACGCAUUUGGUAUUAGAAAAAAGGUUAAUAUAAUGCGCAUUAAAUAUUAAAAUGAUUGAUCAGCGGGUAGGCAGCAUGAUCUAAAACAAAAUAAUUUGGAAAUUGGAAAUGCAACACAACAGGCUCAUAGAAUAGGUAGGGUGUCCACAUGUGUUCUUUAAAGGGGUACUAGAACAACCUUUUUACAAAAUGUGUUUUUCCUGGAACACUAUAGUGUCAUGAACAAAAACAUGUAUUCCUGACACUAUAGUGUUAAACUCACUAUUUAGGUUCUCAGCAUCCCUGUUUUGAAGUCACCUUUAUUCCAUGCUGCACCAGCUUAGCCGCGGCUGGCCAAUCCUGCAUGACUGAGAUCAUCAGUCUUGAUGAUCUCAGCCAAUCCAAAGCUUUCCCAUACUAAAGCAUUGGCAGGAUAUUGCACUUGCUCUUCAAAAAUACCACACUGCGCCAAUCAGCAUCUCCUCAUAGAGAUCAUUUCAAUAAAUGGGGAACAUUCAGCACCUCCAUGCAGCGUGUCGAGCAAAAAUGCAGAACUUAGAAAAAUCUCCAACUCGGCUAUUUUGCAGCCCUGUUAUUUUAACUUACAAUCUGCAAUUCCACACAUUUCCCAGCUCAAUGAAUGAAACAAGUUCUAUAGCUGGUAUAUUGUAUCUCUAGGAGCCAGUGAUGUACAUCUAACCGUGGGUAAACCAGUGUUGUAAAGUUGCAUGCAGGCUUUCCCCUUUAAUAUUCUCUGGGCCUACUCUAAAGUGCUGGUCGUGUUUUUGGUCGAAGCCUUAAGCUACUUUUAAUAAGUCCACCUGUCCUGUGGGUCAUUAUAUUUGCCUGCUAUUUAUUGCAGAUCUCCUUAAAGGACCACUAUAGUGCCAGGAAAACAAAGUCCCGUGGCGCUGAAGGGGGAGGAAGGCGGUUAAACACUCACCUUUUUUCCAGCGCCGGGCUCCCUCGGCGCUGGGACUCUCCUCCCACUUCUUCCGUCAUCAGCUAAAUGCGCAGCAAGAGAGGCGCGCGCAUUCAGCCAGUCUCAUAGGAAAACAUUCUCAAUGCUUUCCUAUGGACGCUGGCGUCUUCUCACUGUGAAAAUCACAGUGAGAAGCGCGGAAGCGCCUCUAGCGGCUGUCAAUGAGACAGCCACUAGAGGCUGGAUUAACCCAUCGGUAAACAUAGCAGUUCCUCUGAAAUUGCUAUGUUUACAGCAGAAAGGGAUAAACCUAGCUGGACCUGGCACCCAGACCACUUCAUUAAGCUGAAGUGGUCUGGGUGCCUAUAGUGGUCCUUUAAACCUUUCUGUAACCAGAGUGACCUCACAUGGUUUGCAGUGCGCCAGCAGACUGCACCAUAGACGUAUCAAAUUGCACAAACGGCAAAAUAAACUCUUGGCAACUGCUAUCUAUUUAAGGGCCACACAAUUCCCAUCAUUUUGAGCUUUAUUCUGUUUGUGUAGCAGGGCAGGGCACGGUGCAUUGCCAUCAGGUUUAGAAGGGUGUUGGCUAAUGUAACCACUACAGAUGUUUGAGGACUACAUUACCCAUGAUGCUUAAUUAAUUUCUAGGCUGGUGGGACAUAAUUUUGAUUGGAGAGACUGACACUGUGAAGUGCAUCAUACCUAAGCACCGUGAAGCUUUGGGACAUGCGUGUCUCAGCCUGCCCCAGAUUAGUGGGAGUUACUCUCCUGGGAAUUCGAUGCUAUUUGCAGCCGUAGCCAGGGUUUACAGAACAUUGAUCUGUCUUAUUCCCAGGCAAUCAAACUUUAAGAAAAAAUAAAGUUUAAUAAUGUAUCCUGGUUAUGAUGCUGACUUUAAACAGAAUUGUUAUCAGCAUAAACUUGUAUCUGUAAACUGAUCUGGGUAAUUUACACAUUGUGCAUGCAAAUUCCCUUUCCCUGCUCACACCAAUGCAAAACAUCAGCUCAUAUUGAAUUAAUUGAAACAUUUUUAAGAGACCAAUGAAUGUAUAAUUUCGAAGCAAUGACUGUUUUUUUUUUUUUUUAAAAUCAGUUAUGUAUUUUGUUUUGCAUAUUGUAUCGAAACUAUUUCCCCCCUGCUUAAUAGUGUCUUUAUUAUGUAGGAUCCAUAGGUGUAACAAUAAUGUAAUCCCACCUCUGCUAUCACUCUCCUCCCUCUCCCCCCACACUUAUAUUAUUGGCCCUGUUUGGGAACACUUCUAAGCAGAUUGCACAUGGCCCAUGAUACCGAACUGAUGGCUUGAUUGUUGGUUAAUUUCUGUGUCAGAAUGGAAGUACCACUGGCCAGCCACCCAUUCCUUUUUUAGCUCUAGGAAAUCAUGAGGUGCACUAACCAGGAAUAAUUACAUGCAUAUGCUGUAGUUGCCAUGACAUGGAGCUAGGGAAGAGCUGGUCGGAGUGGUUCCCCAUAUCCUGAGAAAACUUCCACUCUGUGGGCUGUAACGUUAACACAACAAGGUGCUACUAAUGGUCUUUAGGUGCGUAAACGCAGUCUUUGAAACUAUGCUUGCCCUCCAUCUUGCUUAUUAUAUCUUUUAUAUAUACAUUUUUAUUUUAUUUUAUCUCUUGAGAAUCUGAGUUCUUAUUAAAGGACCACUUAGUCCAGACAUGAGUCAGAUGCAUCUUUCACUGGGCCCAACACAAGAUCUUGUAGAGACAGUUGUUGAAAUGUUUUGUAUGUUUUUAGUGUCUUCUGCACAAGCGUGUAUAAUGAUACACUUGCGGUGUGCUGCUUGAGGACAGGACAAAAUCAGGAUAGUGGCAAAGGACCCUAAAAUAGGGACUGCCUGGCCAAAUCAGGACAGUUGGGACUAGGGAUGCACCGAAAUGAAAUUCUGGACCGAAACUGAAAAUUCAGGAUGCCCUUGUCCAGAAACCGAAACCGGCUUUUUCCCCAAAUGAUUUUAAAAUAGUUUUUUCUAUAAUUUUAUUCAUGUUAGACUUUUCAAUUGUCAGCAACUUACAGUAAAUUUCAUAUUUUAGGCUAUAAAAACUAAACUAGGAAAAAAAAAGGAAUUGUUUUCAGUUUGGCUAAUUUAGCGUAAAAUAAGAAAAUCAGUUUAAUUUUACAUUCACUUCCUCACAAUUGACAGCUAAGUAAUAACCCUGCAUUUAUUACUAGGUCAAAGAGGUAGCUGUUGUAAAAUUUCAACUCCCAUGAUGCUCUGUGAGCCUAAAGGGUGAGAUAGCAUCAUGGGAGUUGUAGUUCUUAAGCACCCGUGACUGUGGCUGCUAUAUGUCUUGUCCAGGUUCGACCCUCUCAUCCCCAUGGCUGCUGCUCUCCUCUGCCAUUUCCCCCAUAGACAGGUGUUUUCUACCCCCAGUGGAGGUUGCAGCUGCCAUGGAUGUCCGGUGGGGUGGUCACCAAGUGCUGGGACAGGUCCCCCGAGUAGCUGAAUGACCUUGCCGGGAAGCAGAGCUGGCAGUCCUCCCCUCGGCCCGCACCGUAGGCGGCUCCCCGGUACCCCAGCCCAUCAAAGCCCUCAGGCCUGCAAGGCUGCAUGCUCUCCGGGACAGCUUCACGGGCAGCGUCUGUCAUCAAGGCGUCCGCUUCCACGUCCCAUGACCACCCAGCCUUCCGACACCUGCUAGAAAGCGCACUGCGACACAGGGGUUACAAACACUAGAGAACGCAGCUUAUGGCUUGUCCUGUACCAGUUCUACUUCCGUGCGCUACUUUCUCUGGUGUUUACAACUCCUGUGCGCCGCACGUUUGAUUGAUGGUCAGAUAAGUAGUUUAUAUAAUCUAUACCUGGCAGCUCAUUGUGCUGGGUUUCGUGGGAACCGAUGUCAGGUCCUCUGCUGCUGAAAAAAUUAACAACCUGCCCUGGGGGGGUGGGGGUGUGUAAUGUUCGGCACAUAUGGCACAUUUUUUGGCCAAAAUGGGAUAGGCCUAGUUGGGACGUCUAAAAAGAAUAAUUGUAGUUGUAUUAUUUGACCUAUUUAUUUAUUUAUUUUUAGACGACAUUCACACCUUUUUCUGGUGAAAUUAACAGCAAAUGUAUAAUUUGUAAGACAAACCGAUCCCACAUGUACCCCAACCCACCCAAACAGCCUGGUACUCUGCACUGCCAACAAUAAAUAACAUCAUGGGGCCACACUGUUUUUAUGGUACGUUACCAUACACACAUUAUGAUAUAUAUUUUUUUCUUGUUAAAAAUGUUUCCUAUAAACUUUUAUUUGGGGGGAAAACCCCCAAAAUGAAGGCACAUUAUUUUUAUAUCAAAGCCUGCGUAAAGGAAUUGCAUAAAUACCAAUAAAAUAUUGUGAUACACCAGAAUAAUCAAUAGUAAUUAAACAUGCUUAACUUGCAGCAGAGCUCAAUUUCCACAUAGAACAGUUUUGUCAGAACCUUUGUAGUGCAUAUAUAUAAUAUCCAGACACUGUUACACAAACAGUAUUUAAUUGUUCCCCAGUGAGUGCUCUGCUCAAAUCAACAGUAUCUGGGCAUGACUCAUUUUUUUCCCCCCUGGAAAAAGGUAUUCUUGUUCAUGCUCACCUGUUGUUGUUGUUUGAGAAUGAAGUUCCUAUUAAAUCUGGGAUGUAACAUAAAGGGUGUCACUUGAAGUGACAUCUAUUUUUAAAAGCACCAUAACCACUGCAUGGGACUAUAGUGGUUAUGGUGCCAGAAGUGCCUUUGUAAUCCCCUGCCAGCACAAUUGGUUAAACCGUUUUAGGUUUGACUUCUUACCUGGGGGUUCUCACACCACCACAAGUACAGUCUGCAGAAGCUCUGCAUGAGGACAUCCAGAGGCAUCUCAAACCCCAGCUGAGGUCGGGGGAGCGGAGUCGGAGCAUGACCCAGCGCCGAGGGACAUCAGAGCUGGAAUCCAUUAAGUGACACCUUUUUAUCGGCACACAAGGUGGUGAGGGGGGCAAUAUAGGAUACUAUAGCGCUAGGAAAACUACUUUGUUUCUUAGCACUGUCGUUUCUCUUGAACUCAUUGGCUGUAAGUGAUAAGUUGACACUGGUGGAUGCUAUAUUUGUUGGACAGAACGUACACAGAUUUUUUUUGUUUUGUUUUUGAUGGAACAAAAUGAUAUAGAAAGCAAUGAGCAAUGGUUUAUUAGUGAUCACGAGGGAACAAAUAAACACAGUGUUUCCAAAAUAGAUAUUUAUCAUGGGGACUUCCUCCUUUGCAAAAUCAAAAUUGUUUUUGUGGAUUUUCUUUGUGUGUUGACUGUAGAACGAAAUUCUGUGUUAGAUGGCUCUUUUGCCAGUUUCUGCUAGAAAUUCACAUACAUAGUUUCAGAGAAGGCACACCAAAUCUACCAUAGUCCCCUCCCCCCUCCAAAAACUCCUCUCCCCCCAUUAUUGGGGUAAGGGAACAUUAUUUCUUACCUGUAACAAUGCUUCUAGAUGGACGUGGUGGUUGUGGGAAAUAUGUGGGACCCAAGAAACUGUGAAAGCAGGUAUAGCGGCUCAACAACUAGAUUACAUAGUUACAUAGCUGAAAAGAGAUUAAAUGUCCAUCAAGUUCAGCAUUCCUCACAAUUUUUUAACGGUUGAUCCAAAAGAAGGCGAAAACCCCAGUUUGAAGCACUGCCAAUUUUGCAAAAAAUUCCUUCUUGACCCCAGAAUGGCAGUCAGAUUUAUCCUUGGAUCAAGCAGUUAUUGCCCUACAUUGAAGGUUGGUGCCUGAUUCGUAAGGACAGACAUCUAAUAGAUCUGAUAGAGAUUGAAAUACUUGGAUGCUAAUGGGAAAAACUCGAAAGAUUUAAAAUUUUCCUGAAACGCCUUGAGUAUGGUAAUAAACCGGUAGGAGGACAUGAAACUGCGUAUGAAUGGAAAACCUGUACAGCAUGUGAAGUUGUAAACCACAUAGGUAGAGUUGAUGCAAGUUAGAGGUGGCAAAAGAAGCAAAAACCAAUUGCAGACAACAUAGUGACAGAAACAGUAUACGCGAAAAGAAACCUCAAAAGGAGAAGAAGGCCCUAACACAUGAAACCGCGAGAGUUAGUAGAAAAGAGCCAGACGUGAAAGAUGAUGACCACGAGCUAACGAGGCUGGUAGGCCGCGAGCAGACCCCGAAAUGCAGGGAAAUGGCAGCAGCUACGGGAGAGGCUUUAGGCAGAGCCAUGUGGAAAGCGUAGGGGAGGCACAGGACAGAUCGUACGAAAAAGGUGCUGGAAGUCUGGCUCUGAUCCAGCCAGAGCAGCAGAUGCCAAUGACCCAAACUGCCAUCCGAAACCGCCGACAGUAGCGAAGACAAACCGGGGGGGAACAAUGGAGAAGUAAGAGUUAACUUGGGGCCCCCUCCAGCAACAGCGGUACCCGUGGAGGCGGAAAGACACCGAGAGUUCAGCUGUCCGAAAGGCUGCCGGGGAGGGAAUAAGUUGACUCGCGAGAACCGCAGCGAAGCGAGGAAGAGAGCAGGACACCAAAAGAAGGUAGGAGUAGCCGAAACACCAUAGUGAGAUGAGUAACAGACCUAGCCAGAGAGCCAGGUGGAAAAAUACCAUGCCAGUGCUAGAAAAUAGACGAAUAAACAGCGCGUCAGCGACCCAAAGCGUGUUUGAGUGUGUGUGUGUGAACUGGCAUACUAGCUAAUGCCAAGGAGGUGAAACAAUUGGACGUGAAACAAUUGAAAACUGAGUUUGGUGACAGGUGAGGCCCUGCUAGAUGCCAAGCGGUAUGAGUGGCUCUAUUUAUGCAUUGGCGCGAGGGGAUAACGUGGCCACUGAACGUCGUGGCGGGGUGUUGGCCUGUCCUCUCGGUGACAGUUAAAAAAUAAUAUAGAAUGGGAGUGACAGGUGAGGCCCUCUCUAUGCCACAAUGCAAGGCGAAUAACUAUGAUUUGGCCCGUGGGGCGUAGUACCUCAGAGUAUGAGGAUGGGUGUUGGAGUCGCAGAACCACUAACCUAGGCGAAGAAGCCAGGGAGAAUUAUAACUAGUGGACACCUAGGACCCUGACAGCCAGCCACAGCUAACUAAGAGGGGGGGGGAGGUAGCGUGAGAGAGGACGGAUAUGAUGAAUGUGCAUCGAAAAACGUGAGGGUGAAUGAGGAAGUACCGCAGGACCGACCGUAACUGAAGUGCAGAGUGAGCACGUCAGAGUCCAGGUGGUCAGGCCGUAUGGAGCAUGCCCGGCAAUAGGUAAGAGAAUACGUGUUGGAGUAAAGCCCAUGGGGUACACGAGACCCAGUGUGUGUGUGUGAGUGCGAGUGCUGGCAUACUAGCUAAAGCCAAAAAGGCGAAAUAAUUAAGACUAGGGUUGGUGACAGGUGAGGCCCUGCUAAAAGCCAAGCGGCGUUAGAGGCUCUGUCUAUGCAUUGGCGCGAGGGGGUAACGUGGCCACUGAACAUUGUGGCGGGGUGUUGGCAUCUCGGUGACAGGUAAACAUAAGAUAGAAUGGGAAUCUCGCGAGAGGAACCAGGCGGAGCUUUAGGUUAGAGCUCCUCCGGGUUCCUCUCCUGGCUCCCUUACUCUCUCCCCGCCGGCGGCCGCAGUAUACUGUAUGUGGGCUGGUGAGGGAGAUCUUUGAUCUCCCCACCGGCCCGCCAUGGACUACUGCAGGGCCAGCGUUCGGAUAGCGCUGGCCCUGCAGGGGCUGGCAGGGGAGAUCCUGUGAUCUCCCUGCCAGCCUUGGCCCAUGGGCACCGCGGCCCACGGGGCAGUUGCCCAGUGUGCCCGAUGGCCAGUCCGGGCCUGCACCAUGCGAACAAUAAACAGACCAUUACGAGCGAACGCUGCCAAGUCAUACUUUUUUGACCUUACUAAUCCCCUAAGUGUCCAGCUCUGCCACCACAUGUUAGGAGGACCAGGGGAAAGUGCAACAUGAAUUCACGCUAAGCUGGGUUCACACAAAACAUGUAAUUAACAUUCAGGGUAUUUUAAUCAAUGCGCAAGUGUUCCUGACCCUAUAGUGAUCCUUUAUUCCUUAACCUUGGCUAGUUUAUCGAUUUCUGUGUACCGCUCUAGUCCUUGGUGGGCGUUCGCAUGUUUUUUGUUUUUUUCUCGACCGGUCCCGCCAUUUCUCCUGUUUUGCUGCACGAAUGCCUCACUCGUUCAGGGAGCCCAUUUCUUUUGCUGGGAUUCGCUUACAGCGUGAACACGCCCACGCGUGUGUUAUAGGACUUUCACUCACAGCACCCUCACUCGCACAAACUGCAAUCUUGACACUCACAGCACCCUCACUCGCACACACUGCACCCCUGACACUCACAGUUCCCUCACUCACACACACUGCACCCCUGACACUCACAGCACCCUCACUCACACACACUGCACCCCUGACACUCACAGCACCCUCACUCGCACACACUGCACCCCUGACACUCACAGCACCCUCACUCGCACACACUGCACCCUCACUCGCACACACUGCACCCCUGACACUCACAGCACCCUCACACACCGCUUACUCACAUAGCACCCUCACGCAAACAGAGCACCCAUCACACACAGCACACACACACUGCACCCUUACCCACAUAGCACCCUCACGCAAACACAGCACCCAUCAUGCGCGCACACACACACACACUACACCCCUUACACACACACUGCACAAGCAUUUUUGUCUCCUGGUAUCCCAUCUAUGGAGACACCAGAGACAAAUUUCAAGCAAACACAGUGCAAGCAUGUUAUUAAAUUCGCUUGUGCUGUGCAGAACAAAUACAGGGUAUUUUUCUCAUGCUAGAGCUCUUCAGCAGAGCUCUGCACAUGAUCUACCCUGGAAGAGCAUUGAACAAACAUGCUCACUUUGUGAUGGGGUGUGCUUGUCAUUGGUGAUGACAAAACACGCCCUAUCUGGCCCCGCCCCCUUUUAAGUGGGCCACUGUAAUUAAAAAAUGCCCGGGCCGAAUUUUCUUCCCAGUCCGGCACUGGCAUGGUGGAACACGAUUGUUAAAAUAUGAAAGCUGGCACUCUAGGAGUUAAUUGGUGUAUUUGAUUGGCAGCGGAAUGUAAUUCAUCUCUUUUAAUGAAUAUAGUCAGUGUGACUAAACUACUAUAUUAGCAGCAAGUACAGUCAGAAAGUGCUGAUAUUUUUCCUGUCUCCUAGAUAUUCUUAAUAUUAACUGCUGGAUAUUGUUGAACAGUUUUACCUGUGAAUUCUGUAUACGCACUGAUAGAAUAUAAGCUAUUUAUUUUAUAUUUUCUGGGUUAGGUAAUAUUUCCAUACCUAAGGAUGUAUAGAAUGAUUAUAUUUAACUUUUUAUUUAAUUUUUUUUCACCACUACAUUCACUAGUGAGAAUUCAUGGUGAAUUUCAAAUUUAAGAUCAAAAGAGGUAAAUGAAAAUAUUUUAAAUUAGUCUGCUUUGAGGUUCACUGCUCCAAACUUUAAUUUAAAAUUCACUUUGAAUUCUAACUUUAGUAAAUAGCCCAGUAUGUGUCUGUGUAACUUAAUUUGUCUGUCGCAAUUUGUAGGACCAAGAAUGUAUAUAUUUUUUUUUAGAUAAUCACAACAUUUUUUAAAAAACUCUAUUUAGGUCAACUCCAUCUGUUGGGAAAUUUCAUGACUUUCAUGGCAAAGCAUCAUGGGAGUUGACGUUCCUCAGGAGAAGAUUUUUUUUUUAAAUUAAUUUUUUUUAUUACGUUUUUUGUAACACCCCUAAUUUUGAUAUCUCCUCAAUGGCCUUGGAUACCAUACGGGCUUAAGUUUAAAUAUGCUACAUCUAUUAAAUGUCCACAGAGACAGCUUCUACUAAAAAGAUAUUAAACGCUUACAGAAAGAUUUACUGAUGGGCCGCCUUUUAAUAUAAUCCUUUUUUUUUUUUUUGCAGAAUUCACAGUGCUUUUUCUUCAGUACAGAACAAAGGGAGCAACGCAAGGUUAGUUGUACAGUACUGUGAUAGAUCUGUGACUAUUCUGUUUCAGAAUGUUAACCUACUUUCUUGCUCAGAACAUUGUUACUACACAUACUCUCUCUCUCCCUGUCUCUGUCUCUCUCUCUUUCUCUCUCUGUCUCUCUCUCUCUCUCUCUCUCUGUCUCAUCACCCAUCUACCCCCCCCAUAUAGAUGUUCUGAUUCAUGAGAAGUUAUGCAACUCACUGCUGUACUUUCAGCAGCUCCAAAAUUUAUUAUUUAUAUAGCACCAGCAAAUUCUAUAGCGCUGUACAAUGGGUAAUAAUAGAAUGUAUUCCAUCAAAGUCACUCACCAUUUCCUGCUAGCUUUGUAAUAACAACAUCCCUCCUUUUCUGGCCUGGGGCAACUCAUAUUUUGAUGAAUGUUGUUCAAAGCUGUUAACACAGUCUUCACUUCCUUUCCAUCAUCUGCUGAUUUUGUUGUGACUGUUAUUUCUCCUUAAACUUCUUUUUAUUCUUCUAUCCCUUUCCGUAUUUGAAAUGCAGCAACACGAUUUGGCAGAGGUAACAUGUUUAAUUAGCUGCAAGAAGCAAAGAGUCUUCUUUUCCUAAAGCACAGUCCCACGCAGGCCUGAGACAGAGUGUGUGUGUGUAUAUAUGAACCUGUGAUUGUGGUGUGCAGAUGAAAAUGUUGCUAAAGCGGCUCUGUCAUCUCAAUAUCAUUUUUUAUUGGCUCUGUGUUUCUUUGCUUCCCUUUUAUAACCCUAUUUUGAAUUUUUUUUUUAAUUUUUAUGUAUUCUUUUGCUAUGCAUAAGGGAACGUAUGGACGUUCGGUAUGUGUAAUUGUCAAAGGGAAGAACUGCAGUCAGAUCUGUCAGAAGAUAUUUUGCAGGUCUCAUAUAACACCCAACUUCUCCAUGAGUUUGGUCUUUCGUGGUUUUGUUUGGCAAUGCACAAGCAUUUUUAUAAAAGGAAUGGAGCAUUUUAGAAAAACAGCGCCUCAGAGGGGAUAUGAUAGCAUUAUACUAAUAUUUUCGGGGUCCAAUACAAACCAUUAUUUGGAAAUCUAUUCACAAACUGGACUAUACAUAGGACACGAGGUCAUGUGUUUAGACUGGAAUAAAGGAGAUUUAGUCUAAGGCAAAGGAAAGGGUUUUUUUUAUAUAUAAGAAGAACAAUAAGGAUGUGGAAUUCUCUGCCCGAAUAAGUGAUUUUUAUUAGAGUCUAUACAUAUGUUUAAACCAGCAAUUGGAUAAAUACUUGCAAACGCAUAAUAUACAGGAAUAUCAUUUUUAUUUAGGGCAAUAGCUUCUUGAUCCAAAUAGAUCUCUUUUGCAUAUUCUUUUGGAUCAACAGCAAAAAAAAAUGUGAGCGAGGCUGAACUUGAUGGACGCAAGUCUCUUUUCAGCUACGUAACUAUGUAUCACGCAGUCCUUUCGCAAGUCAGGCACCGCACGUCAUGAGAAGAGUAGAUGCCACUAACUGGAAGAGAGAUCCGGCAGCCCAGGAUCGACAGGGGACCAAUACAUACACCGUUUUGGGACGUUGAGAAGGUGGAUAGUUAAAUUACCCUGAUGUUCAGAUGGUGGAGCUGCUUUAAGUUGCCCAUUUAUUGGGAAUAUUCAUGCAUACCUGAGAAGAUGAUUUAGUGUGAAGCAGUAUGAAUUGUUCAUUGAAAUGAACACAGUUUGUACUCUGAGAGAGGUGUGUGUGUGUACUAAUGCUACUGUUUGUCUUCAUCUGCUAUGAUCCUUUGCUAUAGUGCUGUAGUUGCCGGCGUUAACACAUUGUGUGUGAAAGCGAUCUAGAUCUUCGUUAUUUUGCUAUCACAGGGCUUGGAAAGUAAAGACAGAGCUUGGUUGUUCAAUCAAGGUUUUUUAUUGUAUCUCUAUCAUACCAUGAAUCAGUUACUGCUGAAUUCCCCAGGGUUCUGCAAGGGGUCUCUGCUUUAUUUGGCUGUAGCGUGGGUGAGCACUGCGAGAGCUGACAGUUAAUGAUUUGGCUUAUGUGAACUAUGCAGCAGCCAGUCACGGUGCUUCUGAAAUCCAUAAUUAAUUCUUAGCAGGAAAUUUUCACGUAUUCAGGAAGAAGACACAGAAAAGCAAUAGGGAAGAGUUUGGCAAUAGUAAAUAAUAAUUGUAAUUACUGUAAUCAUCAAGACUGUUACAUUAAUAACACAAUCUUUAGACCAUUGCUAAGUAAAGAGUCAGAAACCUUGAGCUUUGCACAGAUAAUACAAACAUUAAUUUUCUGCAUUAUGAAUGUGGCUGCAAUGAAGUUGUGCUUUGGGUGCCAGGAGAUUACCUGCUCUUGUCAAACGUCUUGAAAAUAGUUUGACAGAAAACAGGACAUCACCCAUAGACUCAUAACACCAUAACCACUGCUACGUUAAACUGACGCUCUAGGCAAGGUAACCACUACUACUCUCUGUAUUGGUUAGGUUGCCUAGAGUGUCCUAAUGCCCUCCCCUAGUUUAAUGUCAAACUGGGGUCUUGUUCAGAGCUUGCGCUCUCCUUUGCUGCUUUAUCACUGUCAAUUUCAUCAAACAUGGAUUGCUCUGCUUGGCUGAGAUUGCUGGGGGAGCCAUCCAAGCUGGUAGGAAUAACAUAACCUGGAAUAAUGCUGCGUUAUCAAUGUGUCAGAAGGAGUUGACUUUGGGCACCAGGGAGAGCACCAGUUUAAAUAAAAAUGGUGUGGAAUUAAACUCGGGAAGAAUCCAGGACAUUCUAGUCAACAUAACCACUUAAAAAAAUAAAUAAAAUAAAUUAAAGGAACACUAUAGUGUUGGAAACGUAAACCUGUAUUCCUAAAGUUAUAGUGCCCCUGUCCCUAGCUCUACACGGGAAUCCGUGCUUUCCUAUGGGCUUUUGUGUCACAGCUCUCAGCAAUGUUUUAUAUUGUAGGGUUAAAGGCACAGGACACUGCACCCAGACGACUUCAUUGAAGUCAUAUGGGUGGAUACAGUGUUUCUUUAAAAAUGUGACUGUGUUGGUCUUGCUGUUAGCAUUUGUAUGCUGUGUAACAAAUUUGUAUCAAAGUUCCUACCAGCUGAUCAGAACCAAAAUAAAAACUUGAAAACAGAUUUACAGGAUUAAAUUGCAAAUCAUUAAAGGGACACUCCAGGCACCCAGACCACUUCUGACCAUUGGAGUGGUCUGGGUGCCAAUUUCCACCACCCUUAACCCUGCAAGUGUAAUUAUUGCAAAUAGUCUGCAGUUAAUGCACAUCUUGUUCAUUUCAAAUCCAUUGUGGUGGUGUAUAGAGCCAAAAAGAUUAGGAUUGUGUCGAUGUCCCAAUAUUUAUGGACCUGACUGUAACUCCAAAAGGACCCUUAAUGUUAUUAUAAGAUUUUUUUUUUAACCCCUUAAGGACACAUGACCUGUCUGACAUGUCACGAUUCCCUUUUAUUCCAGAAGUUUGGUCCUUAAGGGGUUAAAGGAUUCUUUUCAGAACUGGUAACCCCACCAGCAGGUAACCCCACCAGCAGGGAAUUCCAAGCUGCCAUGAGUUUUCUAAGCUAAUGUCAGCAAUGUGUAACAAAAUCAGUUUGACCAGUGAACUUAAAGGACCACUCUAGGCACCUAGACCACUUCAGCUUAAUGAAGUGGUCUCGGUGCCAGGUCCCUCUAGGAUUAACCCUUUUUUUUAUAAACAUAGUUUCAGAGAAACUGCUAUGUUUAUAAAUGGGUUAAUCCAGCCUCCAAAUCCAAAUCUCAUUGACAGCCGCUAGAGGCGCUUGCGUGAUUCUCACUGUGAAAAUCACAGUGAGAACACGCAAGCGUCCAUAGGAAAGCAUUGUAAAUGCUUUCCUAUGAGAGUGGCUGAAUGCACGCGCAGCUAUUGCCGCGCGUGCGCAUUCAGCCGAAAGGGAGGAGAGGAGGCGGAGAGCUCCCCGCCCAGAGCCGGGCGGGAGGGGAACCAUGAGGGCGGGGGCUCCCUCAGGGCACUAUAGUGCCAGGAAAACAAGUAUGUUUUCCUGGCAAUAUAGUGGUCCUUUAAAACAGCCAUCAGAUAAACAUUACAUAGAAAUAUAUACACUGCACAACCUAUAUAUAGAGAAAUGAAGUGAUACGGCAUUAAUAAAUGAAGCCGGCCCAUAUCUACAUUUUCUUAUAAAAUGCAAAUGCUCUAUGUAGCAUUUUUACCAUCGAUAUCAUAAAAACAAAUGGUCAAAAAAUUGUCACAAUAUCAUGAAUAAAAAUAGGCUGCCUGGUAUGUACACGGUGUUUUCAAGACUACUCCGUACUCAUCGCCGAGAACAAACAUUUGUACAUGCAUUGUAUAUAUAAAUUCCUAGUGGUUAAAGCUUUACAUUCACAGGUUGCUCAUCGUAACUGUUUGAAAAUACAUUGUGGUAAAUGUGUUCAGUGCGGUACAUAUGCAAUAUAUAAUUCCCUCACAGCAAGUCGGAAUCUCUCAAAAUUGGCAAAAUAGUUUCAAGAUUGAAAAAAAAAAAGCAAAAAAAACAAAACCAGUGCACAAAUGAUAAGGACAACAUACCUUGUAUGUCUUUUUUUUUUUUUAUUAAAUACUUUAUUUGUGAUUGAAGCAUUUGACAUAAACAUUGUGUAUAACAGAACAUUCCAGAAUCAUAUGGUGUCACAUAGGUUUCUCUGUGGUAUUACAUCUCGUUUUUUCACAUUACUCAUCAUUGCUUGGCUUUAUGUAUCGUCAAAAUGCAUUCGUUAUUAUGUUAGACAUCUUAACGUGUAUCUAAAACUAUAAUUCAAAGAUUAAAUACCGGUAAUCGAACUUGCAAACAUUAUCUACCGUAUCUUUUGUUUCUGACCACCUGUCCGGCCGGGUCCUUGUUACCCGUUUACCUUGUAUGUCUCUUAAGGAGAGAAAAAUAACAGAUGUUUUGAGACCAACAUAAUCUACUGGAUCCUACCAAACUAACAGAGUAAACUCACAGUCUGUCCAACUUUAACAGGGUCUUUAUUUGUAAGACUUUUGCCACGGUGCCCUGGAACACCCCCAUUACAAGUAUUCCUACUUUUAUAUCACGAUCUGGCGUCUUACUGGUGGUCCCCCCAGGCACCUGUUCCCUCCUCCACUUCAACCUAUAGGGAUUAUGAAUGUGAAUCUGUUUCAGGUAGCAUACUAUACACAGUUUUUUUUGUUUAAUUAAUUUAUGAUACUUGUUUUCUGCACAAUAAUCACUAUAAGCACUUAUUCUGCUUCACUGUCAUAGCAUGCAUUGCAGCGUCAGCCUGCCACUUGGUCUGCAACCUGUGUUCUAGUUUUAUAUCCCAAGGGUUCCGUUGGACUGUGUCUCAUUUUCUAGGUUCCUUCCAUUGUAGUGUUCCUUUUUCUAGACCCUCGCUAUCCUAAUCCUAACACCACUGUCAUUUUCUUCCAUCUUCAUUUUCAUGCUUUCGCGCCUUUUUUAGUUCAGGAAAAAGAAAUUCCGGGACUCGGUCCCUAAAUCUUUCUCUGACUAUGAUUUGGAGUUCUCAAAGGAUCACGAUCUGAGACUGCGUCAGGUGAGAUUAGAUUGAUUGUCCCUGUAGAAUCGUGAUUUAUUACCCAGUUUCAAUGUGGAUCCGUACAAAAGGGGGAAACGAAGCACAGUUAAAGUGUUUUUCUUCAUCCUACCUCCCCAUCUGCCCAGAGGGGUAUAAUACGGCUCAGCAGGGACUGUGCCAGGGGUAGGGAUGACUGGAGACUGCUCACGAUAAUAAUACUUCCCUGACCCUCCUCUCCCAGUUCCCCUGGACUGUCUCUACUACUCCUCUCUUUGACAAGCCUGGUAAAAGCCUAUAACAGAGACACCUGAAAUGAAUUACUCCGUUUCUUAUAUCAGUCCACAUGUGUCUCCAUGUCUGCCCAAAUCAGUCAUGGCUGCUGAGAGCUUCCUUUUACUGGGUUUGCACAGCCAUGCACUAAUUUGCUAUGUAACUGCCCACUAGCUGCUAUAUCUCUCAAUAUUAUGUGUGCAGGUAGAAUGGAUGCCUGAGCGGUGAAAUCCACUGCUCAGUGUGACUGGGACUUCAGGGAAGGAGUAGUGGAGACAGGGCAGGGAGACACUGGGACUGUGGGAUAAUAUUGUUCGAUUAUUUCUGUUGUGUGAUGAUCAGUCAGUAGCUGCACAUGACACUAAUAGUACUUAGAGAGGAUUUUGUGUGGGUUACCAGGUGUGUGUUAGUUUGAGGAUGUGUGUAUGUGGCUUAGUGUGUAAUAUUAUAAUAGAAUAUAUGUCUAUGUAUGAGUGUGUGUGUGUGUUCACAUUCAGUGUGCACAUACAAUUAAGCACACAUAAUGUUUCCACGUAUAUGUUUGUUGUCCCCAUAUAUUCACAGAAGUAACGUGUGCAAGUGUCGUGCGUCAAAGUGGAAGUGAAAAUUCCACUGGGAUGUGGUUGGGGAACCCUCAAAUUCUUACAUAGGGGCCUACUAUACAUUAGGUCUGCCAGACUGCCACUUAUCAGAUUAAGGUCUCACUGCUGGGUUUUAUCUCCCCCCCAUAAAACCUCUUUAAAAUUCUUGCACAGCACUAGUGUAAUAAAUUAAUUUAACUCCCCCAAAGGUAUAGCAGAUUACAAUAUCUCCUCUCCCACAGUACCAGUGUACAGUACCUGUACAUAGUUACAUAGCUGAAAAGAGACUUGCGUCCAUCAAGUUCAGCCUUCCUCACAUUUGUUUUUGCUGUUGAUCCAAAAGAAGGCAAAAAACCCAGUCUGAAGCGCUUCCAAUUUUGCAACACACUAGGAAAAAAUUAUUUCUUGACCCAAAAAUGGCAGUCAGUUGGAUCAAGCAGCUAUUACCCCACUAAUUAGAAAUUAUAUCCCUGUAUGUUAUGUUUUUGGAAGUAUUUAUCCAAUUGCUGUUUAAACAAAUCUGUAGUAAAUGUAUAUUUGUGGACACUAAGUCCCAUGAUCCCUAGUCCAAAGUGUAGCAGUAGGAGUUGUGAUAUAGGAACAGAUUGUUAACCUGCUGUAUACUUCAAAUCAGAUUUUAACGUCAUUAGAAGAAUUUCCCUAAACAGCAGUGGUUUCCUGUGAUCUAGCUUAGUUGGUUAAUGCGUCAGUACUGCUCUGAUCCUCUAGGUUUCAGUUCACAGCGUAGCCAUUUCAGCCUUUCAACUUUCUGAGGUCGAUAAAAUGAGUGAGUUGCACAAUAAUAAAACUGGAUCUAUCUAGAAAUAAAGGGGUUAUCUCAAUGUACCAUUAUUGGUAUAAUUAUUAUUUUAAUAUAGAUUGAAUGUCUAGAAUUUUUAGGGAGUUAGCUAACAGGGAUGUUUUCAGGUACAGGUUGGCCAAACGCAGGCACAGACGAUCUUCCAUCUGUACCAUUCUUGCUAUUAUACUCAUUGUCCAUUUAUUUUAUGUCCUUGCAAAUAUUUGGAUUGGAUAACCUUUUAUUCAUGUGAUUUAUAUUGCGACCACGAGUGCAAGCUGAAUUGCAGUGGGUGGUAAAUGCAAUUUUAUUAUUGUACCAAACAUUACGAUAUUUCCAAUUAUUCAAUGUAUAAGAUUAUCAGAGGUUGUACUCCAUCUGCUUAAAAAAAAUAAAAUGCUCCAAUUACCAUAACCACUGCAGUGCUCUGUAGCAGUUAUUGUGCUAGGAGGUCCAUGCCCCCAGUCUAAAUAGUCAAACCUUUUGCGAACGGUUUGAAUUUUUUAUCUGGUGUCCUCUGGGCGGUGGUUCCUGCUUCUCACCUUCUGGUAUUGAGAACCGGAAGGGCCUGCUAGGACCUUGGGGGUUCUAAGGCACUCUUGGCACCAUCACUACUAAACGCUGGUGGUUUUGCUCUUUAGAGUGUCCAUUGUAGUUAGGUUUUUGUUUUUCUUACAUGACCCAGUAAAACAAACAGCUAUGUGAGAUUUUGGGAAAAUUAGGAGCUGGGUUCCAUCCCUGUACAUAUAUUUCAUUUCUUUUCUAUGUGAGUGGAGAUGGAUGUGGGCUAAGAGAGACUGUGGAUAGUUAAACGAGACAUUAUUGAUAUUGGCAUUAUUUCAUAGCUAAACAAUGAAGGAUAAUAGACAUCCACACUUUUAAGUGCACAAUAAAAGUAGCAAAGAAUAGGACAUCAAGAAAUAUUGUUCCUAAUUAAACCAUUUUGUGUUUAGCUAUUAGUCUUCAUCUCAUCGUUUAUAUUGUCCUGUCAACGCUAUUCUCAAGUGCUGUAAUUCUGCUUUAGUUUGUAGUAUAUUUGAAUUAACACGGAAUAAAACAAUGAACGUAUAUUACUGAACAACGUUUAAGUAUAGUAAAUACAAUCUAAUUGGUAUAUCAUGCUGUCUCUGGUUUUAUCCUGUAUUUAGAAACUUGGAGAGGUGGUGGUAAAGUUCUUGGAUCGGGAUCUACAGCCUUCGUGCCAGGUGGCCUGCUUGGAAACGAUUCGUAUCCUAUCCAGAGACAAGUAUGGGUUGUCCCCCUUCACCAGCCGCUCUGCAAUGCAUACCUUGGCCAAAUAUGCAGGUCUGGACUACUCAGAUGAGUUAGAAGUUCCUCGAAUCCCAGAUAGUGAGAGCGUUGUUGAAGCUCUGAAGGGGCUGUGUAACAUUGUAUACAACAGCGUGGAAGCCCAAGAGGUGGCCACAGACCUGCGUCUAGUGUGCGGCCUAGCUCGCCGUUUAAAAUUAUACAAUGAAACCCGAUCGUCUCAUGAGUGCAAAUUCUUUGACCUUCGUCUUCUCUUCCUCCUUACUGCCCUGAGAGUGGAUGUGCGUAGGCAGCUGGCAAGAGAGCUAAGGGGCAUCAGUCUUCUCACCGAUGCUUUGGAAAGUACCCUUGCUCUGAAGUGGUCCGACAUUUAUGAGGUUGUCACAGAUCGACUUGCUCCACCUUUGGGAAAAGAGGAAACAGAGAGGGUGAUGGAAAUCUUGAAGACCCUCUUCAAUAUCACUUUCGAUAUCAGCCGCAGGGAAGUAGACGAGGUGAGGUGCGGGUAAGGCAACCUAGAGUGAUUACAAUUGGUCUCAGCCAAUCACUGCCAAACAUAUUGGACAGAAUUGAUAUAGUUAAUGCUAACGUGUUAAUUUUGCAAUACAUAUGCGACUCAAGAGGGAAUGAGCUACGGGUGCUAAGCAGAGAACCCGUUGUUUUCAAACUGCUCCAAAACUGAGAAAAAAUAAUGCGAUUGCGCCCAUACUUCCUUCACACCAUAAUCACUAUAAUGAGCUGUAUAUUUACAGUGCCUUCUGAAUUAAGCUUGUUGCAUUGGUUGUUUACCAAAGGACACUAGAAACCCGUACAGAAAUUAAUAUUGAUGACGUAAGUAUUAUUCCACGUUAUCAAUGUAGCCAAAAUAGGGAGGCCCCUAGGGUUGGAGAUGUGCCCCAACUUGCGUCAAAACAUUACAAACAGUUUGAUAUAAAACCAUAAAAGCUGCCCGACCAAAAAUCCUCCCAUUUCCCCUUUCAUAUUCUUUAACGACAGAAAUGAUUCCACAAAUUAUGAAUCAUACAGUUCAGAUUUCCUUAUGAUUCAUCAUUUUCACUCUAAUUUCUGACGUAAACAGUUUUUUUUAUUUUUAUUUAUUCAAGUGUGUAUUGUCAGGGGGGGGAAGAAACAUUUAAAAAUUUUAGAAUUAAAAACAUAGACUUCCCCCCCCCCAAAUAUGGCUAUUUUGGUCUUAAUUAGAAAUUCACUUUGAAUCUCUGACAAUUUGCACCUUAGUGAAUAAUUCUAUUUAUAUAUUUUUUAGUUUUUCUUGUUAGUUUUGUAAGGAUUCAUCCUUUUGAAUGUGCAUGAAUAUAAUCCUUGCAAAGCGUGCUUGUAAAAAGCAUUUACUUGAUACUCAGUCAGCCUUGAGAUAGCUUUGUUAAUGAACUCUCCAUCCUGUAGUAAUGAUAAAUCACUAAUCAUUUAUAAAAAAAAUUAUAUUACCAACAGGAAGAUGCAGCUCUCUAUCGCCACCUAGCGGCUAUUCUCAGGCACUGUCUAAUCAGGCAGAGUGAUGGGGAUGACAGAACAGAAGAGUUUCAUGGGUAAGAUGGAUAAAAUAAGGUGUUAGUGGUUACUGCUCCCCCUGUAUCAUUAUAGAAUUUUAAGUCUUAUCCCCAGCAGGCUCAGCUCAAUCUCUCAUUCUUUUGAAAUUGAUGAAAUGGACACUAAUCUAUGCUUCUGGCUCAAUAUGGCCACACAGAGAGCGCAAGGUUAGGGUUCACUGAAAAGAGAUAUGUGUGAAUAAAUAUAUAGUCAUCACAAAAUAGUGCACACAGGCUACAUUACACGCAGUCUAGAUCAGAGCCUAAGUGGGUGGGGGGUGAGGUGCCAGGUAUGCGACUUGUGUCACCACUGGUGAUGCCCAAAGAGGUCAACCCUACUUAGGACAGACUCCUGAAGCUUGCUGAGGUCACCAGGGAUGACCUUUGGGAACACAAGGGAGCAAACCCAGGAAAGUGAGAGAGAAGCUCUGAUUGAGGACCGUCCCAUCAAAUACACGGAAGUUAAGUAGCACUAAAUAUCUUUCAAAUGUUGAGAUAUGACAUUCUUAUACAGGUUCUAUAUGAGACGUAGCGUGGAUUGGAAGAUAACAGGAGAUUCCAUUUUGUUCUGUUUUCAGGCACACCGUGAACCUGCUGGUUAAUCUGCCUCUCAUGUGCCUUGAUGUGCUGCUGACACCCAAAGUCGAGCUUGGCUCGGUGGAAUACAUGGGGAUGAAUAUGGACACAGUAGAGGUUCUCCUUCAGUUCCUGGACAGGAGACUAGACAGGGUUAGUCACCUUCCACAAAGUCCACCAUAGAUUGCAACCGUACCUCAGUGGAAAAGGCAGCUUUUCUUUUAGAAUUUUCUGUGCCUUGCAUCUGAUUUAAAUUUCAUCUUGCAUCUCGUUUAGGGAAAGUAAUUAAAAUAGACUCUAUAGUUUAUUUACUAAACAGUAAAUGAGGACUAAUGCAUCUAUUUAAUCUUGUUGGAUACGUUUUUUUCCAUACAAUUUAAUCUUUUUAGACAAACCUUUAAAAUAAUUUUUUUCAGCCUAUUAAAAUAUCAUAAAAAUAUAAUGUAGAAAAAUAUAUUAAAAAAAUCACAAAAUUUUAAUAUUUUUCAUUUUUGGAAAAAGGUAUCUACAGCUGCCUUGACCUAAAUCUUCCAUGUUGUUUUGCCUGUCUUAGUCUGGUUAGGCUGUAGUGAGGCCGGUUGUUGUAGACGGCUCGCUUUUUGCCACGUGAGACUGUCCUUGAACGGCCUUGUUCCCUAAAAUAUACAUCUACAUUAAUUUUGAAUAUUGGUUUUAUACUGCAGGGCCACAAGUUAAGAGAGACACUGACACCCGUCCUGAACCUGCUGACUGAAAGUUCACGUGUCCAUCGAGAGACGCGAAAAUUCCUCCGUGCAAAGGUAAGACUGAACUGGGUUGCUUCAUUAGAUGGACCUUGUCAGAAACCAGAUAGCCUACCCAUUAAUUUCCCCUCUCCCUCUUUUUUUUUUUUUUUUUUCUUUUUCCUGUAUUCUUCCAUUAACUUUACCCCUCUCUCAGAUAUGCUUUAUUGAUGAGUCAACUGAAUUCCUUCGUUGGAAGCGCAUUUGUCAUGUUAUUUGCAUCAUAAAUGUUCGCAUGGUAUAUGGAAUGACUCCCUACUUUGUUCCACCCAAUUUAAACAUUACCCAGGUGUAUAAUAAAAGAGGGUAUACAAGCCAUUAUUCACAUAUAUAUGAGCUAACAGUGAAUAGACACUUUUGGACUGAUCUCUGAACUAUAAUUUUUACUUUCUACCUAAACUGAUACUGUGGACCAUUUUUUAUGCACUGAUACAGUUUAUAUUUAUCUAGUAAGAUACAUUUACUCAGCUGUGACUAAGGUCUGUUUUUUAUUUAUCUAUGUUGCUUUGAUACUAUGUAUGCUACUAGCUAAUUCAUCUAUCUAUAUUCUUUUACAUAUAUAUCUAUAUAUAUAUAUAUAUAUUUUUUUUUUUUUUAAUACUCUUUGGGUGUUGGUAUCCACUCCUGGUUAGAGCAAGUAGACUGGUUUCUCUCUGCUUUUUAUCUUUUAUUGUGUAUCUAUUUCAACCUAGGGUGUGGGUUGUCUUACCAGUUGUUUAGUGGAUAUACCCCCUUUCUUUAAUACCCCCUUUCUUUAGACCAUUACUUUUCCUUCCUAUUUAUCCAAGAGGAAGUAUUUCCCCUUGGUUUCUUUUAUAUUACCCAGGUGUAUGUAUGGCAAACCAUGAUAUGCUUUGCUAUACCAGAUGAUGGCACGUUGAAUGUCGGGUCUCAAAAAGGAGAUGUUGUGUAUAUGUUUGCUCGAUAGCAGCAAGGUAUAGCGAUAAUAUGCAAUAAAUACACUCAAUAAUGCAAUAUUGAGCAGAAUUGUUUUGCCUUUCACAAUAACUUGUUAUGGUUUAAUUUCAUGAAAAAUAUUUUUCAGCCAUCGUAGAUACAUAUUGGCAUGUUUUUUUCCAGGAUAUAAACUCCUUUCAACCUUUGCAGGUUCUUCCACCUCUUAGAGAUGUGAAAAACCGUCCCGAAGUGGGAAACACGCUUCGCAAUAAGCUAGUGAGACUGAUGACUCAUGUAGAUACGGAUGUCAAGCACUGUGCCGCUGAGUUCCUGUUUGUCCUUUGCAAGGAAAAUGGUUAGUGAUUGCUCCAGCUAACUUUGUAGAUGCAGACUGCACAGCUAGUAAAGAAUAGAAUGGAGAUUAGACCCUUAGUGCGAAUGUCAAGUGUCUGCUUAACUUGUAUUCUAAUUGGGUAGUUACUCACUCAAGUAAGAAUUGUAAAACAUUCUAAGUAAAUUCCAAGUAAAUUUCAAAUUUAGGACCUGGAUUGACCUGAGUCACAGACUGUGCAUGCACGGCUAAUUUCUCUCCAGACAGAAAAAUACUUAUAAGUGAAUCAGCUUUGCAUAAGCUUUUGUAGCCAUAGUGUGGGUACGAUCAGUUUACUGAGCAUCCCCAUAGCAGAUAAAAGGAGGAGGACCACGCGUGCGGGCAAGUACGGUGGCCCUGGACACCCUUUCUUUAAACCCAGCCUAGGCCACUACUCUAGCUGUGCCAAAACUUUUUGGGAGUCUGUAUCAGGUGCAGACCACGGUAAUCAUUUACUUGCGAUCAAGCACUCAUGGCAACCUAGGUCGUCACAGCACAAAUAUUUUCCAGUCGGUCUGCCUAUUCUUGGCAGAUCCAUCAUGUGCUUCUGGACACAAUGUACUUUUUCUUGCUUGAUUGGCAUCACAUGAAAAGUGUUGCAUUGCAGGAAUGCAGUAAUUACGUGCUGAUGGCAAUCGAUAAUUGGAUCAAAGCAGAAUCAAAUCAAAGUUGUUCUUGAGUUAUUGACUUUUUUUUAUUUAUGCAGCAUUUGAAUUCCGUAUACUGCAGAGUAGAAAUUUAUGUAUGCUGCCAAUUAGCACAUUGAGAUGAUCUAUGUCCAGGAAAACACUAAAAUGUGAAUUGUGAGGAAUUUUAAAUUUUAGCCCCAAAUAAGUGAACUAAAAACCUAAAAUCUAUGUUUACUAGCUUCCUAUGCUCCAAAAUGUAUGUGCUCCUCCCCAAUUAAAGUCUGUGCUCCUAAACCUUCUGGCACAAACAGUUGUAGAUGAAAGGAAAAUGCCUUCAGAAGAGGGGAUAAAUCUCUGUGGAGGACGUUGCAAACUCCCCAACUGUGACAUCGCUGCUGGUGGCCCGAGGGUAGGUAAAGGUGAGUUUACUUACCUGAACUUGUCCCUCGCAUGCGCUGCCUGCUUGAUCCAGUGUGGUCCUUCUUGGCGCUGGCAUCACUGCUGUGCUCUCGCGCAUGCAUAAAGAUACAGCAUGGAGGUCUAUGGGGGAUUCCGCAAAUCCACGGGGAAUCCUCUAGACACGGCCAAUUCCCUGCUGUCCUCGCGGACGACGGCUGCAGGGGAAAUACAGAGGGGAAAUACAGAAACAAAGUGGUCCCUACUUUGUCUCUGUAUAUCACUUGACUGGGUUGGAAUUUCUGUGAAACGGGGGGUGACCGUGCCAUUUUAAAAGAAAGCUUGGAAUAGACACACAGCAUUACUUAGGAGGAACCCAAAUCAAGUGUCGUGCUUUUGCUUUCAGAAUAGAAAUUGGCAGACCAGGUCGACUAAUUUUCAGUCAUCAUCAGAAAAAAAUCUAUGUUUUUGUGUGUGGUUUUUAUCAUUCUAGUGUCGGGGUGUCUACUGUGUAGAGAGCUCAGCACAAUGUACCUAUACUUUUAUAUGUGUCAUAAAUGUGUGUAAUUAAAUGGUCUACCAUUUUCCUUUCUUGGGAUUUAGUGUCUCGUUUUGUUAAAUACACUGGAUAUGGUAAUGCAGCUGGUUUGCUGGCAGUCAGAGGUCUUUUGGCUGGUGGUCGUGGGGAAGGUCAUUAUUCUGAGGAUGAAGACACUGAUACCGAGGAGUACAGAGAAGCAAAACCCAAGUGAGUACAAUAUAACAUAUAGACUUUAAGAUCAUUCUUCAAAAUGUUGCAAGAUAAUACUCUGAAAAAUUCACUUUUAUAGUCUCUGAAAUGGAACUUUACAUUUAUUAGCUACAAGGAACAUUAGGCAACAAGUACUUUGAAAUUCUUUGAAGGAACCUUUGGAUUUAUUUGCUACGGAUUCUAUUUGCAAUUUUCUUCAUGGUUCAUUUUCAUCUCUCAGCAUCAUCCAAUUCUCUCAGCAUCAUCCAAUUUAAUUAACUGAUCAACUUAGGUCUUACAACUUUGAACUCUUUAAAUCUCAUGCCAAAUGUAUCUGAAGUCUCCACAAUUGUUGUAGUUCUGGAGGAUCUUCAGCAGUUGGGGUCCAAGGAGAACUCUCUCUCUCACUUAAGCGGUUAAGCAAUUUGGUUAAAACAAUGUAAUUGUGCAUUCAUAUAUUGGGUCCUGCAUUGACUUGAUUGCUUAAUAUUGCGUUACAGAGUGGUCAACUGAUAUUUUGUUAUUUCUUAAUAAAAACCUGUUAUCCAACUUGUCCACACUUGGCUGACAAACUUUGCUCGAUUCUUCAAAGUUCAGGUGAAAUUUUAUUUCAACAUAGUUUCUUUGACUAUCUUAGUUGUGUAUUUGUUUGCCAUGUUUGGAAAUAAACGUGGUGUGAAUCAAUUAUUUUUACAAGUACCAUUUUUCAUGUCUCCAUCCACUGUGGAUUUACUCUUUAUCUAUUUUAAUAUGCACUAUAAAGCCAAAAGUAUGUUCACACCUAUUUGAGCUUUCUAGAAAUCCCAUUCCUAAACUAUGUUCAUCAAUAAGGGGCUUAGCCCCCCAUUGCAGGUACAACAGCUACCACUAUUCUGAGAAUUUGUGUCCAGUCCUCUAAAAGAGCUUUUUUGAGGUCAUCCGUUAAUGCUGGACAAGAAAACUUCGCUCAGAAUCGGUGUUCCAAGUCAGUUGAGUUCAGGUCAGGGCUCUGUGCAGGCAAUUCAAGUUUAUUUACAUCAAACUCCUCAAACCAUAUCCUCAUGGACCUUGCUUUGUGGACAGGGGCACAGUCAUGUUGGAAAAGGAAAGUGCCUUUCCCAAACUUUUACCAGAAAUGUAGAGCACCCAAUUUCCUAAAACUUUGUUACACCCUAUGAUCAUUAUUCCUCCUCCACCGAACUUUAAAGUAGGAAGUAUGCAUUGUCUUCGGCAGAGAAUCCGGCCUGCAUUUCAUAUCUGGAUUGCCCUUUUUGGUGGCACAAGUCUGAUAUGCAAACAGCCUAGGUCCUCUUUGUAAUGGCACAAGAUAAGCUAAAACUAGCUUGAGAGCUGAGCAGGGGUCCAACAAAUUUAUUUGAGGUGUUGUCCUUUCUCAGUAUUCUCUUGCAUCCAUUUUUCUUUUUUCUUCUUCAACUCUCUAUAUUUAAAGGUAAUUCAGACCUUGCUCACAGUGCCUCGAGGGGUAUCUGCUAUACCUCGCUGAUGAGGCCUAACCAGGUCAAAACAAAUGUCUGGGGUUGCUGUAUGUCACCAAAGGGAAGCUACUUGAGCUGUUGUCCAUUUUCAGUAUUGUCUUUCACCCUGUUUUUAUUUUUAAUUUUUUUUAUUUUUUCAGUUUUUUGUUUUCAUUUCCUCUCCCAUGAUAUAGUGUAGUUUAAAUAACUCCCCAAAGCGUUGUAGAUAAGUGUUUCAUAAGGUUUUUAUCUACAAUGUUUUGUAUGUACUCUCCAUAGCUUACCUAUUGUCACUGACAUAAAAAAUAUUUUAAUCUUCUAUAAUCUACUACUCUACUUUUUUUUUCUGCAGUAUUAAUCCUGUGACCGGGCGCGUUGAAGAAAAACUGCCGAACCCUAUGGAUGGAAUGACCGAAGAGCAGAAAGAAUAUGAAGCUAUGAAGCUGGUCAGCAUGUUUGACAAAUUAUCGAGGUGAGGCACCAGCAUACUACGGAAGCCAAUCAUAGCUUGAUCUGUGGUUUUCUACCCGUUUUGCUAACCAUUUAACAUUCACAAAUUGGCUAAAUUUACUUUUUUUUUUUUUUAUAACUGCAGUGUAAAUGUCAUUAUUUUAUUGAUGCAGGGAACAAAUCAUCCAACCAAUGGGAGUAACGUCUGAUGGAAGGUUGAAGCCACUAGAUGAGGCUGCCCAGAAGAUGAUACAGCAACAAGAGUCAUCUGACUUGGACUCUGACUCAGACUAGGACAUCUCUAGCGAUGGGCAAAUAAUCCAGAAUCCGAGCCAAGCACAAGCCAAGCCGGAGAGGGAGAGUACAAGAAACCGUUAUACAGACACCACUACACAUAAGGAAUUUUAAAUCUAGAUUACUGUAGAUGUAUCUCAGAGACCUCCGCUAUAGAGCAGUCAAAAGGACACUCGUAGUGUUACAGGCUCCUUCUGGGGACACUCCCAGGCAGAGAAGACUUUGAAUGUUUUUUAUCUGUUUGAGAGAUCACAUGUCUUUGAAAGACUUGCUGUUGAGUGCUUGCUGCACUGCUUAGAUAGAUGUCUUUUUCUAUGUAGGGAGCCUUCUCACCAAGUUACGAAGAAUGAAGAAGUCCUUCGCUGGUGUUAAUGCACACAAUUUAUUCUCCAUUUCUGAGAGCAUACUAAAAAAAAUACAAAUAGCUUAAAUAUGUCUUGUCAUUAUGACAUGAUGUUAGUUUUUCCCCUAUUUUUAAGGUCCGGAAUUACUUGUAUACGGCUCAGCAUUACAUUGGCCAUGGGCGUCCAGUUCACCUCUAAUGUCCAUAAAAAAUUGUUGACCACCUUCAUGUGUUUAUAUUGAAGGUGUUUCACUGACUUCUAAGAGUUCCAUUAAUAGAGUAUUAUAAUACAGGUAGAGCAAUGGAUGUUUCCUUGUUACCCUACGUGACUGCUGUGCAUUAUAGCAAGUGAUGUUUUAUUACAUUAUCCAUAAGACAGAUACCGUGUUAUUCAAGUGUAGUUCCCCUACAUUUAAGGCACUAAACGUAGUAAAGGGUCUGUCAUUCGAGAGACAGGAAAAACAUAUAGACAUGUGAAGAUGAAGUUUCACCAGACAUGACCCACCUGUGGUGUUUGACAAACUAUUGUCCUACACAUUCAGUCAUGGGCCAACAGAGAAUUAUGAAGGUCAUAGAUAAACAAUUGCUUGAAAUCCAAAGUUAACACCCCUUAUUAGGUACCAGCUUCAUUCCCCCUAUCGUAAAUUAUUGGAUGUUUUAUUGAUUAAGCCUCUCAAAUUCUAAAUGUCCCUGACCAAAAACUAUUUCUAAUACCGCCUCUUCUAUUUAAUAUUGAGUUACUGUGAAGGAUCUUGACUGUUAAUCUAUUAUACUGCCAUUUUCCUAUAUAUUUGGUGAAAACACAUUUUAAAUAUCAAAAGAACGCAACCUUCUUUGAACAUAUAUCAAGUGACUGUAAUCUAAAAACAAAUAUCUUUAUAGAAAGAACAACCAAAGGACUCCAAAAGUUCUACUGCUUUUUGUACAGGUAGCAGGUUGCGAUAUAUCAUUGUGUUUUGUUUUUUUUCUCUUUCAAAUGGUUUUGUCAUUACCAACAGGUCUAAUCACUAACGUGAGACUUCAAAGUGAAGUGUAGCGACACUGAAAGCACAGUUGACUUAGAGAAUUUUUUCCAUUUCAGCCACUUUUACAUAAAUUGUAAAAUCACCAUGAGAUUCAUACUUUAGUGAUUAGCACUGUAUACUUUUUAUCCAAAAAAACUGCUGAUCUGAUGUGGCUGAUGAAGAAUUCAAGAUGAGUUGACCUUUAGUAAGUAUGUAACGCUCUCAUGGUUGUUCAAUAAAGGAUGAAUUAUCAGAAAUUACUUCUAGGCGAAUAGGGCCAAACUGAAUACAUAACUCCAGUUCAGCCGAUUUUGUCCUAAAUUUGUAAAUUUUAUUUGAAUUGACUUUUUGAAAUUCUGGCAAUCCACAAUUUAGUUUGCAACCCUGUUAGAGUGUCAGAAGGAUGAGCAAGGCACUUAUAAUAGUGAUAAUUGUCAUGCGAUGAUGAUUUUCUAAUUCAGGUUUGCACUGAUUGCAAUCGUGUGCCGGUGUAUUUAUGUUUUGUGUCUUCCUGUGUUAAGAGGUUCUAUUACCAUUUCCUUUUAGCGGAUCAGAGCUAAGUUAAAAAGAAAUAUGCGGAUACUAUCACUUUUUAAUCUGCUUUAAAGAUUUCUCCAAUUAAAAUAAAAGCAAAAUUACUGAGAAUGAUGAAGGUUUGUAAUUACUAUUUUAAUUUUGUUUUUCUCUUGUGCUGUUAAAAUAUUUCAUGAGCUAAUUCAGAGUCACAUUUUCCAAGGGGCCAAUGGACUAAAAUGGGAAUUGUGAGGGAAAAGUCUCCUCUGUUUUCCGAUUGCCAAAAAUUUGAAUUCUCUUUUAAUUCCGGACAGUUCAUAGUGGGGUGAAUAAACAUCAGGGUUCAUUGAUUUAAAGUCCCCUGCAGUCAGGACUGGGGGGAAAGCAAAAGUUAUUUGCUAAUUUUUAUUUCAGUAUGUCUAAUUAUAUACCGCUCUGUCUAUAACCCAAUCUUAAAACUGUUCAAUAAUUAAAUAGAAAACUGAAUUGCAAAACUGAAACUACACAAGCUGAACUUUGGCUAUAUCUUUGUUGAAAGAUUUUUUUUUUUUUUUCAAAUUCAGCAAAUAUUGCCUAUAUUUUGCAGUUUGGAAUACGCUCCCCAAAAAUUGGAGUUUAUUGAAUGCAAUUAGAGACAUAGGGGCUCGGUGAGUGUUGGCUUUACAGAAGGGUGAGUCAGUUGGUAGGUAGGUAUGUUACUGGGCCAUGCAAAAGCUUGGCUGAUACUGCGUGCAUUUCAUAAAAGAUUGUCCACUUAAAUGCACGUGGUUCAGAUGGAAAAUAAACUAUUCUCUCAUCUUGUGAAGCCUAGUACAAGGAUAGCUAGUAAACUGGAAAUGUAGCUGGUUUGGUGACUAAAAAUAAUAUUUCUAAUACUUAAGCUAUAGUCUAGUGCAGGGGUUCUACAAACUGAGGUCCUCCAGAUGUUGCUGAACUACAACUCCCAUGAUUCUUUGAAUGAAAUAGCCAGAUAAUCGUCUAGGUUGUAGUUAAGGAACAUCUGGAGGGCCAGAUUUUGUCGAACCCUGGUCUAGGGCUUGGGCACCCGGGUAACACCCAGUUUUUAUCAAACAGUUACAUAGACCUGAUUGAUGGUGCCCGUAUCCUACUAGCACCAUAACUACUACAAAAGAUUAUAGCACUUAUGGUGCAUAGACUGCCCCUUUAAGUUAGUUUGACAUGACCUUUUUCUAGGUAAGUUAAGCCGUAUAUAUUAUGUUACAUCGUGACCAAUAUUGGUCUCGCUGGUUUCUAUGGCCAAAAUACUUUAGAGUGUUGAACUACAGUCAGGAUCUUAUUAUAAUAAUACUAAUAAUAUAUUUAUUAAAUACAAACCUAUUCGACAGAGCUGAAAAAUAACAAGACAACAUUCACAAGUCAUUUUGACAAAAUAAGUGUUAAGCACAUAACAGCAGAAGAUCCUGUUCACUAGAGUUUACAAGACAGAGGAUUUUAAUCCUUUUACAGCACUGAUUUCUGCUUCUACAGUAAGAGUCCAUGAUGUCCCCUUGACCAUUGAAUUGGCACAGUGGACUCAUCUUAUUCCUCAUGGUUUUUUGGCGGAUUUCACGGUGACGGUGGAAUUGCACAUAACUAAACACCAAUAAAUUAUUAUUGUAUUCUUUAAAUGACUGACUCUAGCGGUUUUGUUUAAAAAUAUGUAGGUGUGUGUUGUGCCUAAUCAUUAC